GUCGCGCGUCCUGAGGCCAGUUGCAGGCUAUUAGUCCGUCAGAGCUGCACUGCGUCACCCACCCCGUGCUAUAUCAACUUCAGUUUCACUGUAACACCCCUCUAUAUUACGCUCUUUUCACUUAGUCGACGUGGCCUUACAAUGCGCGCGCAGCAUACUACUCACCCGCUUCCCGCGUUUCCAGUGUAUUCAUGUGCGUUCGUGGCCUCCGACCAGAUGGUUGUCGGAGGCGGAGGCGGUGCUGCCAAGACCGGAAUUAAGAACAAAUUAAGGCUAUUCAAUGUCUCCCAAGACAGACAGCUCGAAAUGCUCUGUGAGCAUGAGCUGGAGAAAGGCGAGGAUGCCCCUAUGAGUAUUGCAGCUCAUCCAGAGAGCAGAAGCUUUGCCUGUGGAAUUAAUAGCUCCGAAGAACGCUUAGAGAAGGGUGAAAAUGAGAACUGCAGGGUGUUUUCGAUUAGUGAUUCUGGAAAUGCCUUAACCAAGGGAGCUACACGAGGUACCUUGCCCUCGGGAGCUGUUGAGGACUACCAGCGCGUGACAGUAUUAUCACCGGACGGAAAAUUUCUGGCAGUGGCCGGCGAACGUGAUUUGUCUCUUCUCGCGUAUCCUUCCCUUUCUCCCGUCGCUCAGUCUGUCCAAGUACCCAAAGGCGAAAUUUACGAUGUGACAUUCUCAUCGACACACCUUGUACUAGCCACCAGUCUGAACCUGUUCGUAUAUGCACUUCCAAAGCCGCCUUCGGAAGACAUUGAGAAAACGCCGAAGAAGAAAAAGGGAAAGCAAAAAGGCAAAGGCAAGGAGAAGGAUGUGCCUUCUAGGACACCGAGUCAAACUCCUGAACUGCGGCUUGUGGACACGAUCGACAUUCCUUCUGUUCCUGGCGCUCCUGCACAGUCCGUUGUAACAUUUCGCGCAGUGCGCUUUCACCCUUCAGAUUACAAAACGCUGUAUACGGCCGUCAAUACUGUCGCGCCUCGCGCGAAAAAAUCAAAGACGGCCAAAAAGCAGGCUUACAUAUUGAAAUGGAGAGUCGACCUAAGUGAAGAGCAGAAUUCUGCUCGGUCCAUAUCAAUGGAGGGCUCUCGCAAAGCGGGUGAAGGUGGCUUGACGUGUUUUGACGUUAGCCCCAAUGGGAAGUUCCUUGCUUUCGGUUCAUCAGAUUAUUCGUUGGGAAUGGUGGACAGUAUUACUCUCAGCCCGCUCUUGUCUAUACUCAAAGCUCAUGAGUUCCCUAUCACCACCGUUCGCUUUAGCCCUACUUCAACGUUGCUCGUAUCCGGUGGUGUUGACAACUCGAUACGGAUCGUCACUGUGCCAGAGAAGUUUGCUAGCCAAUCAUGGAAUAUGAUUAUUUUCAUUAUUCUGGCCCUUCUUGUCAUAUUGGUGGCAGUUUUGUUGCAAAAGUAGGCGUCAUGUCACCAUCAGGACGUUCAAUGCAGCGGUUAGUCUACGGACCUUGUGUUGGACU